AUGCUGGCAUGGCAGGACGGCGGGGCCAAGGCGGCUCCCUCCCACCACAAGAUCUCUUUCUCCGUCCUGGACAUCCUGGACCCGCAGAAAUUCACCAGUGCAGCGCUCCCGGCCGUGCGCCCGGCUCCCCGGGAUGCCAGGAAAAGUUUGGCGGAGAUCGAAGCGGGGAAAGAUGCCAGCUCCAGGGACCGUGUACGACAGCUGGAGACCCCUGAUGCUGCAGGCCCAGGCGCCGGCCAGGCGUCACCCCUGGAGGGUUCCGAAGCGGAAGAGGAGGAGGAUGCGGAGGAUCCGGUGAGGCCGCGGCGGCGGGAACGGGCUGCGCGCUUGCUGCCGGGCCCAGCGCGCUCACCUGACCCCCCGGCCGGGGCAUUGGCGUCUGGGGAGCCCUGCGAGGACGGCGGGGGCGGCCCUGUGGGGUCCCCCCCGGGCUCCCCCGGUUCCCCGCGGCCCAGGCGCCGGCGCGUGGUGCCCAACUGCGCCAAGCCGCGGCGCGCGCGCACCGCCUUCACCUACGAGCAGCUGGUGGCCUUGGAGAACAAGUUCCGGGCCACACGCUACCUGUCCGUGUGCGAGCGCCUGAACCUCGCGCUGUCGCUCAGCCUCACCGAGACGCAGGUCAAAAUCUGGUUCCAGAAUCGCAGGACCAAGUGGAAGAAGCAGAACCCAGGUGCCGACGGCGCGGCGCAGGUUGGGGGUGGCGCGCCCCAGCCAGGUGCGGCGGGGGGCGGCGGCGGCGGCUCGGGGGGCAGUCCUGGCCCUCACGGCACCGGCGCUCUGCCCUUCCAGACUUUCCCCUCCUACUCCGCGGCCAACGUCCUCUUCCCGGCCGCCGCCUCCUUCCCGCUGACGGCUGCCGUCCCCGGGAGCCCUUUCGCGCCGUUCCUCGGGCCUUCCUACCUGACCCCCUUCUACGCCCCGCACCUAUGA